AUGGAGCCCGAAGGUUCAAAUGGGCCCAAACGAAACUCCAUACACCAGGGUUUCUACAGCCGCCCAGUGGAGCGGCGUCCAAGCAAAAAAUCGUCAUCGAGGGACCGUCACGGCAUGGUCUACCCCGAGAGCUUUAGGGAUACAGGCAUCCGCACAGUAACGCCGGACUCCACCACGGAGACCACGAAUCAUUCUCCUCUCUCGGACGCGGAGCAUCUUUCUUCAAGCGCAGCCCCUUCGCCUCGUGUGACCGCCAGAACGAGGCCUGCCAAUCUAGAUACUCGUCGCGAUUUUCAAUCUUACCACCCCGCGGGCGAUGAGGAAGAAUUUCAAGUGGAAUCGAAGAGCCAACGGGCGCGAUCGCGAACCACCACUUUGGAAGACCAGCGCAGCUCCGUCAAUGCCGCAACGCCCCAGUCAAGACACUCAGACGAACCGACUGGCUCAAUCGGGUAUCCAUCAAUACAAUCGCCCACCUAUCUCAGCCAAACCCUCGGACGUCAUCGGGUCAGCCGAGUCUCCGGGGGCUCCAACUUUCUGGCGAGUGUCGCUACCAACCCUCCUCCGUCGCCUUUGUCGAGUACCGAUUCUGCGAAAAUCCUCCAGCUGAUGAAGACCACAUGUGGAAGGAUGCAUGGCAUUCUUUCCUUUCGGACCGCCAACACCACGGCAUGGACGUCCGGUUACUGCGCGAUCAACGUUGCCACGGGAAGUCUGAUAUACCAGGCCAAGGGAGAGCCCGCAUUAGCUAAGACCUUAAUCCCAGACCUUCGCGGCUGCCAGGUCCGCUCCCUCGUCGACCCCGAGCUUCGGACGAAUUAUCUCAGCGUAUCUACAUUUACCUCUGGUCUUGGGGUGGAGUUGAGGCCUCAUGUGAGCGAGACAUUCGAUUCGUGGCUCGCUGCGUUGUUGUGCUGGCAGCCAAUCAGGCCAAAGGGUGUCCAGAAUAAAAUGACCAAGCCUCAAUCGGUUGCAAUAGGUGACCGUCGUCUUGCCGACCGUCGGAGAAACUCUGAAAGCACGGUUCAGAAAGAAGCGGCCAUUAUCAAAGUGGGCAAGAUGCUCCUAUGGGAUAGACCAAAUGCCUCGGGUGCUCGACCUUCGUCUGGUCGCCGGAUUUCAACGUACCGUCAGCAACGUGCGCUCUCGUCAUCCUGGCAAAGGGUCAGCUGCACGCUGCAGGAGAAUGGCGUUUUCAAACUCUUCACCGAAUCUGACAUCACAUUUGUGCACUGCAUCCAAUUGUCUCAGCUCUCCCGGUGUGCCGUCCAACGGUUGAACUCGUCGGUUUUGGAAGACGAAUUCUGUAUUGCCAUAUAUCCGCAGUAUGCGGCGCACUCCGUAUCGGGGCUGACACGUCCGGUGUACCUAGCCCUCGAAAGCCGGGUGCUGUUUGAGGUAUGGUUCGUUCUUUUGCGUGCCUUCACAAUUCCAGAACUAUACGGUCCUGAAACGUCAAUCGAAGACAAUCCGGCGAAGGCUCCAGGAUCCGAUGCUUCCGCUGCCUCUAUAGCGGACAUGUUCCGGAUUGAGAGGAUGCUCACUGUGAGAGUUACCGAGGCCAAAUUAUUCCGUGGCAAGUCGGAGGAGGCCCCUCGAAGUCGCAAGCAAUCCCGGUCUCAUAGCAGCUCGACGCCAACGGGCGCCGUGAACGAUUAUUAUACUGAGGUCUUGCUAGACGGAGAGAUCCGGGCCAAAACCGCUGUCAAGUACCGCACGGCAAAUCCUUUCUGGCGGGAAGAUUUCACUUUCAAUGACCUCCCGCCUGUCUUAUCCCAAGUUUCGAUCCUUGUAAAGAACCCCAAUCCGUCCCAAAAAGACUGGUCACUUAUCGCGCAUGGGUCGUAUGCCUUGAAUCAGGAUAGCUACCCUAUGCGUGUGUUGGAUGACGUUGAGCUGUCCUCUCACGACGCGACAUUUGGAAGGGUAGAACUUCGACUGGAUGACCUGGAGCCGGGCGUGGAGGUCGAGAAGUGGUGGCCGAUCCUUGAUGAUCGAGACCAACCCGUAGGUGAGAUGCUGAUGAGAGCUCGGAUGGAAGAAACGGUCGUUCUUAUGUCCCAUGAAUACACCCCAAUGUCGGAGCUUCUCCAUUCUUUCACCAAUGGACUUUCCAUCAACAUGGCCCAGAUUCUAUCUUCGGAACUUACAUUACUAUCAGAGGCGCUCUUGAACAUCUUUCAGGUGUCGGGGACCACCGUUGAGUGGAUAUCGGCCCUGGUCGAAGAUGAGAUUGAUGGGGUUCACAAGGAAUCGACCGCGAACAGGCUUAGAUAUACUACCAGGAUCCAUUCCAAUGACACAAGAGAGUCUGGCCAGGAUAGAGAAGUCCUCGUAAGGGAUUUGGGGCGAACGGCAACCGUGGAGGCCAAUCUUCUUUUCCGAGGCAACUCCCUUCUAACGAAGGCGCUGGACUACCAUAUGCGUAGACUAGGAAAGGAGUAUCUCGAAGAAACAAUCGGAGAGCGUCUACGUGAUAUAGACGAGAGCGAUCCGGAGUGUGAAGUAGACCCUUCUCGUGUGCAUCGUUCGGAUGAUCUGGAACGCAACUGGAGAAAUCUCAUCUCUCUCACCACCAGUGUUUGGAAAUCGAUUGCAAACUCCGCGUCUCGAUGCCCUUCCGAGCUGCGACUAAUAUUUCGUCAUGUCAGGGCAUGCGCAGAAGAUCGUUACGGCGAUUUUCUACGCACUGUCACCUAUAGUAGCGUCUCGGGCUUUUUGUUUCUGCGGUUCUUCUGUCCAGCAAUCCUCAACCCAAAGCUGUUUGGAUUGCUGAAAGAUCACCCUCGCCCUCGAGCCCAACGUACUUUGACCCUGAUUGCGAAAGCUUUGCAAGGAUUGGCCAACAUGACUACGUUCGGGAGCAAAGAGCCUUGGAUGGAGCCUAUGAACAAGUUCUUGGUAGGCAAUCGUGCCGAUUUCAAACAGUUCGUGGAUUCAAUCUGUGCAAUACCCGCCGACCGACCAACUCCAAUCGUCACACCGUCCUAUGCCACCCCAAUUCAAAUCCUUGGUCGCUUACCUCCCACGUCACGGGAAGGUUUCCCUAGUCUUCCUUUCUUGAUAGACCACCCUCGCAGCUUUGCGAUCUUGAUUCGGAUAUGGCUUGAAGGCGCACCCCAGAGGCUUAACGAGAUAGAGGAGCUGGACCCGGCACUCAAGAAAUUCCAUGACAUGGCGCUUCACCUCGACCGACGUACCAAGGAAUGUUUGAGUAAAGCCGAGCAAGCAGAGCGCCCAAGUGGAGAUCUCGAGGUCAAGUGGGAAGAACUCGUUGACUCUAUGGAACGGUCGGCCACUUUCUAUGAGGAGAGCUCCAAGCCCACCACGCCGGCCACGGAGACGGCAAUUGCGGGAUCUGCAUCUAUCACCGGAAGUCACCGAAACUCAAUCGGCUACUUUGCUUCGCGGCCUUCUCUCCCUCGCCGGUCAACCGAUUAUGCCGCUGACGGCGGUGAUGAUGAUACCCCUCCAAGCUCUUCGUCGGCUACAUGGGACCAGAGCCGUGUGCCUUUCUCGAUACCACGAUGGUCAGACACACGUGAUAGCACUGGUAGUUCCAAGAAUUCUUCGACUUAUUCUCUUGAAUAUCCAGACUCCUCUAAGCCUCGCAGGUCUAGUAUCACCAGGGAGACGACGAGCAAGUACCGAUUCUUUGAUUUUGUUCCGGCUACAUCUAGACGCCGCGCGAGGGACCGAGAGCAUGCUCAACAGCAAUCUCGAGAAGAACUCCGAAAUGAGUUUUGA